CAUAAUUUAUAUAUUUGUAUUCAUGCACUUUUAGAAUUUGAUUAGAUUUAAAGCUAGUCGAUGUACCAGACAUUAAAGUUUAGCAUCCUAAACGAAUUAUAUAAAGAAUCUUUUGUUGCAUUUCUAGUAUUUUUCUGUCUUUGAAGAAAAUUUGCUCUGAUUGGUAUUUAUACAUUUUUAUCCUCAUAAUCUUUAUUCUUAACAUUUCUGGUUAGGAAGCCCACUCAUAGCAUUAGGCUAUGCAUUUAUGAUACACAUCAUGCUGUCCUUCCAGUUCACUGUUCCCUUUCUUGUAGUGUUCGUUUUCACUGGUGUUUGGUGAUAGGAUUCUGUGGCAGUCAAGUUUUUGGACCCAGUCAGCCCUAGGCCAUCAAGAGCAAACCCUUAGUCCAACAAAAGAACAUCCUUAUCCUGAUUCCAAACAUGUGAAUAGAUUGAGAAGGGAAGCCGAAGAUAGAAACCAAAGCAACACCCUCAUCACUACUAAUAAAGGAGGAAGCUUAGUGCAGAGCAGGUGAAUGUAAUCAAGGAGAGACCGAAGACAGAUGAACACAAAUCUUACUCGUGCUCAUUCAAGGACUGUACUGAAGUAGAGCUCGUGGCAGUGAUAUGUCCUUAUUGUGAGAAGAACUUUUGCCUAAGACACCGUCAUCAGUCGGAUCAUGGGUGUGAGAAACUGGAGAUCCCAAAGCCUCGAAUGGCUGCCACACAGAAGCUUGUCAGAGACAUCAUCGACACCAAGGCAGGAGGGGCAGUGAAUAAAGGCCGGAAAGGCGCCAAAACCAGCGGGACAGCCGCAAAGGUGGCUCUGAUGAAGCUGAAGAUGCAUGCUGACGGGGACAAGUCACUGCCACAGACAGAAAGAAUUUACUUUCAGGUCUACUUACCAAAGGGGAGCAAAGAGAAGAGCAAAGCCAUGUUCUUCUGCCAACGAUGGAGCAUUGGGAAGGUCGUGGACUUCGCAGCUUCCCUAGCCAGUCUUCGAAAUGAAAACAACAAGUUGACGGCCAAGAAGCUGAGGCUGUGUCACGUGCCUUCAGGAGAAGCCUUGCCCUUGGAUCACACUUUGGAAACGUGGAUCACUAGGGAGGACAACCCUUUAUAUAAUGGUGGGAAUGUUAUUUUGGAAUAUCUCAACGAUGAAGAACAGACUUUAAAAAAUGUUGACUCUUACUUGGAAUAGUCACUCAAGAAUUAGAGCCAGAAUUUACAAGUGGAAAUCAUUCUAUAUACAUAGUCGAUUUCUUUUACUACAGAUACUUUUUUAAAACUCUAAAAGUUGCUUUUUUAUAAUUUAUUUCCAUUAGGUCAUAAUUUACAUCAGUAGUUUUCUACUAAGUUCCAGGUUUUGUGUUUUGAAGUUUAACUAUGUACUGAGAGUUACGGCAAAGUAUUAUUUUUAUUACUGUUCCUGGGUUAUGUGUAGAAACAUCAGCAACCAUGUGUUUCCUGUUAGGCCCAUGCCAGCUGCUGACUUCCUGCUGUGGCAUGUUCUGUACCACCUUCACUCCAAGCUCCAGCUCAUACCAUACCCACUGUUCUGUGGUUUUGCCAUUCUUGUGGCAGAGAAAAAUGCAGAUGGCAGAUGCUUCAGUCCCUGUUGAUUUUGUUUUGAGCAAGUUCUGUGAUUAAGCCUAAUUGAUUACAGGGCCAGAAUACACAGUCUACUGAGGACCUAAAUGAUGAUGUAUGAAUUGAUAUAUGCACAUGAACUGCAGAAGCUUAGACAUCCUCUCGUUCCGUCUUCCAAGUAUUUGGAUAAGAAUCCUCAAACCUAAGAAGGGAAAGUUAUUUUCUUGGUAUCAUGUAAUUGCCCCGAAUAUAUUUCUGGUAAAGAAUUGUCUCCAAUGGAUUCACUUGUUGUUGGUAUGAAUGUAUUACAGAUGAGAAGAGCAAUGAACAGACUGACUUUGUUACAGUCUCCUUCAUUGUACCAAAGCAAAAUAUCCACUAAAAUGAUUGCAUUUACCUGUACAUUGAAAGAAGUCCUCUGGGGAGGCUUUUUGUCUACACCUGAGGAGAAGGAGUGUUUUCUGUCUGUAGUGGAUGCAGGACCACACUAGAGAAGGAAAUCAAGUAUUUUUAAUUGCCCCCCUCCCCCUUUCUAUGCCAAUUUUCAUGACUUCAGGUUUAAUUAAAGGAAUAAACUCAGCAUGUUCAUUUGGUC